AUGUCAGACCGCAAAUUGGCUGCUCCAGUUGAACAGACCAAGACACAAUCACAGUCCUAUGUCUUGGGAUUCCAUUCUUGUUAUCCACAAUCGCAGCAGCUAUGUGUGCCUGCUGUGACCCCAUGGAUUCCAGCUUCACUCUUAGAACUUCCACCUGGAUUGAGAUAUUUACUUCAGCUGGAUCGCAUUCUGAUUCAUCAGGACUUUGAGUUUGCGGAAGCCAUUUUAGGUUUUGAAACUGCUAACAAAUACAAUAUCACGAGCAAACUUGGACAGAAAAUUUACCAUGCAGUAGAAGAGUCUAAUUUCUGCAUGCGCCUUUGCUGUGGGGAUUAUAGGCCUUUCACCAUGAGAAUUCUUGAUAACUUGGGUCAUGAAGUUAUAAUUUUGAAGCGACCUCUAAGAUGUAGCUCUUGUUUCUGUCCCUGCUGCCUCCAGAAGAUAGAAGUCCAAAUUCCUCCUGGUGUGCCAAUAGGUUACAUUUCCCAGACCUGGCACCCAUGUGUUCCAAAGUUUACAGUUCAAAAUGAGAGGAAGCAGGAUGUUCUAAAAAUUAUUGGUCCAUGUAUCACAUGCAGCUGUGUGGGAAAUGUUGAUUUUCAGAUCAAAUCUCUGGAUGAAAAAAUUGUGAUUGGCAGGAUUUCCAAGCAUUGGUCUGGUUUUCUGAAGGAGGUCCUUACAGAUGUGGACAGUUUUGGGAUCUAUUUCCCCAUGGACCUUGAUGUAAAGAUGAAGGCCGUGAUGCUUGGAGCAUGCUUCCUCAUAGACUUCAUGUUUUUUGAAACGGGUAGAGGCCAGAGACCAAAACUGAGAUUAUGUUAA